AUCCCUAAGACUUGUUACCGGUCGUUAACGUGGCAGUUAAACUAGCCUCAACAUUGCAACGUCGAUCGAAUCAUUAUUCCCCAACUAAUCAGUUAUUAAUAAUUAGAUAGAAAUUACUGGGGUAAUUAAAAUGAAGUUGUUGUGUUUAUUAUUGUUCACGUGUUUUUUUUACGAUGCAAGUGCAUAUUUUAUUACCGUUGAUGCACAUGCAGAGGAGUGUUUCUUCGAUAGGGUAGAGCAAGGAACAAAAAUGGGACUGACUUUUGAGAUUGCUGAGGGUGGAUUCUUGGACAUUGAUGUGAAGAUCGUGGGUCCAGAUGGAAAGGCUAUUUAUCAGGGCGAGCAAGAGGGCAAUGGCAAGUACACGUUUGCUGCAUACAUGGCUGGCAUUUACAAUUACUGCUUCAGUAAUCAGAAGAGCACGAUGACACCGAAGGUCGUUAUGUUCAAUAUGGAUGUGACUGAACCACCCAAGGUCGGUCAGGAUCACAAGCCUGAGGGUGACGAGGAGGAGGGCAGUCAUGUCAAGCUUGAUGAUAUGAUCAAGGACUUGAGCACUAGUCUCUCUAGUGUGAAGAAUGAACAGGAGUACAUGCAGGUACGAGACCGCAACCACAGAGCUAUCAACGAGAGUACCAAUUUCAGAGUUGUUCUGUGGUCUUUCUUCGAGGCAGUAGUAUUGAUUUCAAUGACCGCCGGUCAAAUAUUUUAUUUGAAGAGAUUUUUCGAAGUGAGGAGAGUUGUGUGAAUGCGGAUUUUUUGUAGAUUAUUGUGCAAGCAUCAAGUUUGGUUGAUAAAUUCUUUUUUAAGGUAAAUAUU